GGGCGGAGGGUGUCUGCGCCAGCAGGCGCCUCCCGUCCCUCCCGGCUCCGGGGGUUGAGGCGACACCCCGCGAGUCACCAGAGGAACCACCUGCGGGGGACGAGUCCCUCUCCGCCCUGCGUGGGUGCUUCACCCCGCAAGGGCAGCCCAGGGCGGAGGGAAGGUGCCCGCCUUCUGCAAGGAAAAAAACAGCUUCUUGGAUGUGUGGAGGUGCCUGCUGCUGCCGUCCCUGCUGAAGUCUUCUCGUACUUGAAGCGCAACGCUUGAUUCCACCAAAAUCUUGAAAGGAUGUUGUGGAAACACAAGAGCAUUAUAAGAGCAGGUGGAGAUCUAUCUGGAUUAUGUAUCUUACAAUGUUUCUCAGUAGUGUAGGUUUCUCAAUUGUCAUUAUGUCUGUGUGGCCGUAUCUUCAAGAGAUCGAUCCAACAGCAGAUGCGAGUUUCUUGGGUUGGAUUAUAGCUUCAUACAGCAUUGGCCAAAUGGUUGCCUCUCCCCUCUUCGGCUUGUGGUCCAAUUACAGGCCAAGGAGAGAACCUCUCGUUAUUUCAACUGCUAUUUCAGUAGCUGCUAAUUGUCUUUAUGCCUACGUCCAUGUACCUCAUUCACACAAUAAAUACUACAUGCUGAUUGCACGUGCCCUUGUGGGAUUUGGAGCAGGAAAUGUGGCUGUAGUUCGAUCAUACAUUGCGGGUGCCACUUCUCUUACGGAAAGAACAAGUGCCAUGGCCAAUACCAGUGCCUGCCAGGCAGUUGGCUUCAUAUUAGGACCAGUUUUUCAGACGUGUUUUACACUUAUUGGAGAAGAAGGAAUAACUUGGAAAUUAAUUCAUCUUCAGCUGAACAUGUAUACAGCGCCAGUUCUGUUUGGAGCUCUCUUAGGAGUUAUUAAUAUUAUUCUCAUCUUUGUCAUAUUCAGAGAGCAUCGAGUGGAUGACAUGGGACGGCAGUGCAAGAGUGUCAAUUUUGAAGGAGAAGGUACUGAAGGAGAAGUUGCAGAAGGUGGUGGUCUGGAUCAGGACACAGAAGGAAACAUUGACCAUGUUGCUGUGGUGGCAAUCAAUUUUCUUUUCUUUGUCAUCUUGUUUGUGUUUGCUGUCUUUGAAACUAUAGCUACUCCAUUGACAAUGGAUAUGUAUUCCUGGACCAGGAAAGAAGCCGUUUUUUACAAUGGAAUAAUCCUUAGUGUGGUUGGCAUUGAAUCGGUUAUUGUUUUCAUGGUGGUUAAGAUGCUAGCUAAAAAGACUGGUGAACGUGCCAUACUCCAUGGAGGCUUACUGAUUGUCUUGGUUGGCUUCUUUAUCUUACUGCCUUGGGGGAAAAAACUACCAAAUAUCCAGUGGCAAGAAAUAAAGAACAACUCCAUUCCCAGAACAACUCCCACUGAAAUGUUAAUGCCUGUCUGGAGUUUGCAAGCAAUGCAGCCUCCAUCCAACCACACAGCAGAACCCGUGGGCUGCCCUGUCACACAGUCCUGGUGCCUCAAUACUCCUGUGAUCUAUCUGGCCCAGUACAUCAGCUCUGACAUACUGAUAGGACUGGGCUAUCCAGUUUGUAAUGUCAUGUCCUACACUUUAUACUCAAAAAUUCUAGGACCAAAGCCUCAGGGUGUCUACAUGGGAUGGUUAACUGCCUCUGGAAGUGGAGCACGAAUACUUGGGCCUGUUUUUGUGAGCCAAAUAUACACUCACCUGGGACCACGCUGGGCAUUUAGCUUAAUCUGUGGAGUAGUUGUAGUGUCUCUCUUACUCUUGGAGAUAGUUUACAAGAGACUCAUUGCAUUUUCUGUGAGAUAUGGAAGGAUGCAAGAAGAGAAUUGUUAAAUAUGUAUUUAAAAAAAAACCCUAAAAACCAAGUAAAAAACCAACCAGAAAUAAUUCUUAGUUAUUACUACUUUUUAAUGAGGAUUACCUAACCACUGACCUUGUUGGCUGUAUGCUAAAAACUGUAUACUUGUACUUACACAUUGACAGAACACAUAACUUGGUCAUAUCCUAAUACAUGGCUACAUCUGCUGCUAUAGAGCUUCUGCAUUCUGCUUUCCUAGCAGCAGAGGAGGGGAUGUGAUCAAGUAGAUCAAUACAAUGGCACAUUUGUAUACUGAAUGCAGCUGUGAAGGUCACAGGUUACGUGCAUCCUUUCCAGAAAGAAGUAAAAGAAAUAUUAUCUUGAUUCUGUGAAUCAGGAUUAGUAACUGUUUUGUAACUACAAGAUUAGUUGAGCUGCACUCACUUUGUAUGGAAACAUCACUACUACUUCUGAUGUUGUUUGCUAGCUUGUAAGCACUGGCUAAUACAAGAUGUCUGACUUUGGAAACUUAAUGUAUUAGUACAUCUUCUCCAGGAUUUCAAAUGGAGCGUGACAGAAUCGUAGAGGAAGGCAGGUACUUCACAAGCAGCUGGUGUGGGAUUUGGGUACUUAAGUUGGUUAAGAGCCACUGAAAAUCACAGCCUCGGUGGCUGUUACUUGAACUACAGUGAACCAACUGUAUGUGCAAUUUUUCUUAUAUUGUUUUGCUGAAUGCAUUUUGUAGCAAGAAGGAUAACCUGCACAGGGUUGAAAUAUGCACAGGUUUUCUUAACUUUACUACAAGGAGGAAAUACUAAGCAUGAUAGUUUACACUUCUGUUGUCAUUUAUGAGAAUGAAUGCACUGUGCUGAGCAACCAGGAAACUGGUUCCUUGGGUUUUGAUUAUUAUCUGUAGACAUGUAUUUUUCUGAAUUUAUGUUUGAAUCACUGUUUAUUUUAAAAACUAAAAUAAUAAUUUUCCUUCAUAAUGGGGCUUAAGCUCAUUGGUAUGGGUUUAUCUGUUUCAGUACUACUGGGGGUAAAAAAAUUGGAGUAACUCCAGUAUACAAUUUGUAGCUGCUGUUUAAUGUGUUUUAAUAGUUGAUGCUUACUGAAUGUAAUAAAUGUAAUGAAAUACUCUAUGUAAUUAAUUGUUCAAACACUAAAAGACUACUGCAUUAAAAGAUUAUUUUUUCAAUACUGA